AUGGCCAUGGCCCCACGGAAAGGAACGCGACGAGCGUGUGACCCUUGUUCUGUCAGAAAAGUGCGAUGUGAUGGCAACCAGCCAUGUUCCAGAUGCGAAGCUGCUAGCUGGGACUGCACCUACUUGAAGACGCAUGGGAAAAGCGGACCAAAAGGACCACGUCGGACUACAGAAGCCGCCAUUAGGAGACUGCAAGAACGCAGCAAGGGGACCCAUGACGAUGGGUCAAGAAGCAACAGCGAGACGAGCUUUGAUGCUGGAAGCCCGAGGACUACCGAUUUGCCUUAUUUGGACCCGAUACCCUUGAUGAGCGAUUCCGAUGUUGACCCCAAAGCCUGGCCGGAUAUUUUAAGCCCAACACUGUCCGCUAUCCCCCAAGAGCCCCACAGAAUAUCGACUGCCUGCCUAUCGCAUUACCUAGAUAUCUACCAAGCACGUGGAUAUGGCAUAUGGCCAGUCGUCGAUGCCGAAGCACUCACUGCACGGCUUUUGACUCAUCCCGACGAUUUGGAAGCCUACGCACUAGCCACUGCGAUAUGUGCUGCCAUAGUCAGCCAAUUCUCUAUAGAUGCCGAGCCAGGCAGUCCACUCGAGGGCCACUAUCGCGUUCCAAGCGGCACGUUCGAAUCGGAAGCAAAGAAAGCAAGGAACGAGUCCGAUCACUUGGAGAAUGUGACUAUAUUCUCUUUGCUAAGUAGCUUCUUCCUACACGUUUAUUCAGCAAACGUUGGGCGAAUGAACGCUUCCACGGUCCUCCUCGGCGAGGCCAUUUUCAAGGCACACAUCAUAGGCUUACAUAAACCGACGUACUAUGAGCUCAUGACCGCCGAGCAAAUACAGUAUGCUUUGAGGGUCUACUGGCUUCUCUUCAUCACAGAGCGAGCGCACUCCUUACAGCACGAUGUGCCAACGACAUUGAAGCGAGCGCCCAAUCUUCCCAGGCUAGAAGACUUACAUGAUGGAUCAGUUACACCUGCGUUCGUCCAACUUUGUCGGCUGUUCAAUAUCCUAGAUGUCACCAUAACAGCCGAACCUGCAGCUGCGCGCCACGCUCUUGCAUUAGCUCAACAACAACUUAGCAGUGACGAGGACCCUCGCAGUCUUGAGAAUGAGCUCCAGCGCGCAGACAUCACAAUGACUCAACAGUGGAUGCGCAUCUUCCUGUGGCAGCAUGCUCUCAAUGUAACGAAUUUGAGCAGUCGCGCCAGUCAGGAUGAGGAAUUCUCAUUCCGUUUCCCCGCUAAGGUCGCCCAAAACGUUCUCAGUAAUCUAAGUAGCCUCUCGCGGGAAAGCGUCGAGGCGCAUGGUCCAGGCAUGGAGUCCAAGCUCUUCGACGUCGCCAAUUCGCUUGCUGACGUUAUGAUGAUCAUGCCGUCGCUUAACCACGAGUCUCAUUUCAACGUUGGUCCUAGAGAUUUGAUCCACUCACUAGCGCAAGUGCUCGCUUCCUUUCGUGGUGGCAACCCUGCUGUUAUCAGCAUAUUGCAAGACAAGCUCACCAUGCUUGGGCUAUCCGCUGGAUCGCCACAGAAAUUGCUUGAGCUUUCGUCACCAGAAGAAGAACACGAAGAGUGGCACGAUAGAUCGAUGUCUGCCCCUUCCACGUACCCGUCAUCAGCCGCCGACCCGUCGAUGCCGCCCCCACUUCAAUCGAGCAUGAGUAUGGAUAGAACAUACUGA